AGAAAUUCUCUUGAAAAGUCGACUACGCGCAUCAUAGGCCCGUCCAUCGUAAAUUGAUCUAAUCUACCAAUGUCGAGAUAUAAAUAAACAUGCUGAAACUCCCGAAAUCUACUCGUAUCACAUACCGAUACCUACGUAAUUAACCGUUCUUUGUAGGGAUCCGUAGUUUCCCCCGAUCACCUAUCCAUCCAUUACUAGGUUACUCCUUCCAUCGAGUACUAUACAAAAGCCUAGUACCUGACACCAAUCCCUCGGCCGAAGCGCAAGCGCAUCUGGAUCUUUUUUCAGCCAAAUCCGCAAACUCAAUUAUCAUCUGACCUGUACUUCCGCGUUUUUGAAUCAUCCGUUGCUAAAUUGGUGAUAGAACAUAAUCUGGUCACCCGGUCGUCUUUGCCUUGAUACCUUUUUUUCGCUCUUGAUCUCGAUCUUGAGUCAAUCUCAAGACUGUCUUGUGUCGAGUUGGCGAGUUAGCGACUUGCAACGGCCGGUCUGGAGAUCUGCAUCUGGACAUCUGUCCACCCUGCAACGCUCCUGUACGAGACGAAGAAAAGACAAUGGACCUCGUUACACAUCUAUCCUGAAAUUUUGUGUUUUAUAUCAUAUUGCCAAUCCAGCUCUCCCUUUACUGAAUGAGCUUUAGAGAAUACUUAACCCACCUUUUGAGCCCAAUCAUUGGCGAAAUACCGAGAUCACCCCUCGACGCAACAUGACAGCGCCACAACUGAAUGGCACCAAUGGGGUGCAUUCCGCAAACGCAGCCGCGAAUGGAGCCGCAACCACUAGAGCCACAAAACCUAGAUUUUUCGAGGACUACGGGGUAUGGAAAGAGGCUCCUAUCUUGACUGGGACUACCAAGUUUGAACCCCUGCCGGAUGUCAAGAAUAUUAUGAUUACGGGCGGUGCCGGCUUCAUCGCAUGUUGGCUUGUCCGACAUCUUACUCUGACCUACCCACAAGCCUACAAUAUUGUGUCAUUCGAUAAGUUGGAUUAUUGCUCCUCGUUGAACAAUACUCGUAUGCUCAAUGAUAAGCGAAACUUCACUUUCUAUCAUGGAGAUAUUACCAAUCCUUCAGAAGUGCUCGAUUGCAUGGAGCGCUUCAACAUAGACACCAUCUUUCAUUUCGCAGCGCAAUCGCAUGUCGACUUGAGUUUUGGAAACUCUUACGGGUUCACUCACACGAAUGUCUACGGCACUCACGUUAUGCUGGAGAGCGCGAAGAAGAUCGGCGUUAGGCGAUUCAUCCAUGUGUCCACCGAUGAAGUGUACGGCGAGGUAAAGGAUGACGAUGAUGACUUAUUAGAGACAAGCAUUCUGUCACCAACCAACCCAUAUGCUGCGAGCAAGGCUGCCGCCGAAAUGCUGGUGCACUCUUAUAUGAAGAGUUUCAAACUCCCAGCUAUCAUUGUCAGGUGUAAUAAUGUCUACGGGCCGCACCAAUUUCCCGAGAAAAUAAUUCCUAAAUUUAUCUGCUUGUUGAAUCGACGGCGGCCAGCAGUGCUCCACGGCGACGGGAGCCCUACUCGAAGAUAUUUAUACGCCGGCGACGCGGCCGAUGCAUUCGAUACGAUCCUACAUGAAGGUAGCCUUAGUCAAGUCUACAAUGUAGGGUCUCAUGAUGAGAUUUCCAACAUUGAGUUAUGCAGGAUGCUCCUAACGGAGAUGAGCAUCCCCCACGAAAACCAAGAGGAUUUCAACAAGUGGGUUAAAUACACACAUGAUAGGCCUUUCAACGACCACCGAUACGCUAUUGACGCAACUAAGCUGCGACGCUUAGGUUGGAACCCGAAGACUUCUUUUAUUGACGGCUUGAAGAUCACCGUCGAUUGGUACAAGCGUUUCGGCGAAGAAUGGUGGGGUGAUAUUAGCAAAGUCCUCAGUCCCUUCCCGAUUGUUGUCGAGGCUGAGGUGGUAUCUGACAAAGAGGAGAUAUGUGAUGAGCCUCAGCGACCCAAGAAGCGCAAGUCGCUUAAUUAGUGGUCGUCCGACAUCCACGUAGAGGUGGUUGAUCCUCGCUUACACCCCGACAUUAUCCCAAGGAAUGAAUGCAUUGGUGGAGUUAGGAUACAUUUAUACGGAUGAAGCCUCGAUUUUGGGAGUAAUAGAGAGCUCAAUCUUCCUGUGAUAUUGAUACCAUGAGGAGUGCAAGUGGCACGGGGUUCCCAUUGCUAUUAGUACGACGUACAAAUAUCUAAAUGCCGGAGCAAUUGUCGCCGUAUUCGGCAAAUAGCGAAUAGACCAUGAUUUUUUUCAAACAUAUAUACCUAUCUUGGUAAUCUUGCUAUCUAUACGUACAUAUUGAGCCGCGAUUCUUGGUAAUAUGCAUGGGCUUUAUAGAAGUGUCGGUCAAGGCUCU